AUGAAGGUCCCUACAGUGUGCCUCUUCAUCAUCCUCGUUGCUGCCCUCUCUUCUCUGAUCUCCGCUGCUCCAAUGGGGGCUGACACAAACGUGUGCUGCUUCGGCUAUAUCACACAAAAGCUGCCCCAGAGCCAUGUGAAGGAUUAUUUCUACACCAGCGGCAGGUGCUCACAGCCAGCAGUUGUGUUUCUCACCAGGAAGAACCAGCAGGUCUGUGCAAACCCCAGUGCCAGGUGGGUGAAGGAAUAUGUGAAUGCCCUGGAGCUCCAGUGAGCACUGGGAGCUGAGAGGUCUCUGCCCUGGAGAAGUCCUGCAAGAUCAUCCUACAGAGUCUUUGCACAGACCUGGAAAUCCUGCUGUUGAGCUCCAGGACCUGCUGAGUCACCUCAUGAGCCCUGAAGUUCCUUCUGCCUUGCAAUGGUGUCAUUUAGCCAUGAUCUUUUGGCCACUCUUAGGGGCAGCUGUGAUGUUGGGGUCCUCCUGAGCUCAUAGCUCUGUCUUGGUGUCGCCUGCUUUGUGACAUGUGGCUAAACUCUCCCUCCCUUGUGCCUUCACUAUUGGGGGAAUUUUAUCCCCAGUGGUCUGUGGAAAUGAGGUAUGAGAGCUUUUAUGUACACCCAGGCUGACUUUGAAGUCAGCUGCUCAGUUCUGCCAUGGCAGAGUAGAUGGUGCAAGAUCUGACUCCACAGUAGAGGAAGUGGUUUGCUGGUUACUUACAGGAUGCUCACUGUGGAACCACAUUCUCACCUUGCUCUCAAAAUGCUAUCUCUUGCUGAUGCCAAAGAAUAAAGACAUUUUUUCCUCUCUGUGUCAGAUGUGGGAAGUUGUUCUCUUCCUA